GUGGGAGGAGCUCCCUAUCGGCUUAGUUGAGAGCAUCCUACGCCAGGACUACCUGCCCAUCACCUCUGAGGCAGAGGUUUUGACCUUGAUCGCCAAGUGGAUAGGCAGUCGACAGCGAAGGGAGGAGGAUGUGACUCGUUUGUUGCGCUCGUUCCGCAAGGGCGACAGCGUGCGAGUUCGAAUCUCCGACAUGGCAGCCUUGAUGGGUGCUCUCGGCACCGUCACCCA